AUGGAUACCUAUACAAGUACAAGUACAAGUACCUCUGCUGCAUUGGACAACAACGACAACAGCAACAACAAUCGAAACAACCAAGUAGACGAAGAAUACGAUGAAGAUUUGGAUGGCGUCCCUAUUACCAUGCCAUAUGGAUUGGACCAAGAUUCAAUUGCACCAUCAACCAUGAAAAGCGCAUCCGAACAAACGUUGAAUGAUAUCAAAAGAGGUAAUACCAAAGUAUCCAUGAUGGACAGGCACCGACAAGACUUGGAGAAAAAGAAGAAACGUGAUCAAAAUGAAACUGCCAAGGCAUUUGAAGAGUUUGUCGCAGAGUUUGAUAAUAGUAGCAAUAACAACAAAUCUGGUAACAACAAAUCAAAGUUUGUAAAGAGUGGAUUUGUACAAGCUGAUAAUGGAGAUGACGAUGGAAGUGGAAGUGGUAUGAAUAGAAAUAAUAACAAUAACAACAAGAAUCAUAACUAUAAUAAUAAUAAUAAUAACAGAUCAAAGCAAAACCAACAACAAGGUAAUGCAAGAUACCCAACUUCAGCCAAUAGAAACAAUGCUGGUCCAAUUGUUAGACCAUCUAUUUUUGAUUCAGGUGAUGCUCCCUCAUCAUCAUCAUCUAACCCAUCGUCAUCUUCUGCUGCUGCACCUACUCCUGUCAAACAUCAACCUUCAACACCUUCUUCCUCAAUCAAAAAGCCAAAGAAACUUUUGAUUGAUGAAUUAAAAGAAGAGUUUAAACAAAAGCAAGAAGAACGUGAAAAGGAAAAGAGAGAUAUGGAUAGAGAUGGUUAUGGUAAUAAUAGAGAUAGAGACGGUCGUUAUAACAACAAUAAUAAUAAUAGAGAUCGUGGUUACAAUAACAACAAUAGAGAUGGUUACAAUAACAAUAGGGAUAGAGAUAAUAACUUUAGAGAUCGAGAUAAUAAUUAUCGUGACAAUAAUAAUAAUAAUAGGGAUCGAGACAACGGUAGAGAUAACAAUAGAGAUGGUCCAAGAGAUAAUAAUAUGCGAAGAGAUGACCGUGAUAACAAUAGAGAUGAUAGACGAGGAGGAGGAGGAGGAGGAGGAGAUUAUUACCAUGAAGACAGUUAUCGUGAAAAUAGAGACACUGGAAGAGAUAACAACAAUCGACAUAACCAAAGAGACAAUAACAAUAAUAGAGAUAUGAGAGACAAUAGGGAUAAUCACCGUGGUGACAAUAGAGAUAAUCAUCGUGGUGGUGAUAACAAUAGAGAUAUGAGGGAUAAUAGAGACAAUCAUCGUGACAAUAAUAAUAGAGACAAUUAUCGUGGUGGCGAUAACAAUAAUAGAGAUAAUCACCGUGGAGAUAAUAAUAAUAGAGAUCAUCAUCCCAACAACAACUUUAAUAACCAUAAUAAUAAUAACAAUAGGGAUAGAGAUAUGAAUAUUAAAGAUGAUCGAGACAAUUUUAAAGAUAGAGAUCAUGAACGUGAUAGUUAUCAAAGAGAUGUUGUCAACUUUAAAGAAAGAGGAGAUGGAUUCAAAGAAAAGGAUAGAGAUGGAUACAAGGAAAAGGAUAGAGAUGGCUACUACAAGGAUAAAAAAGAUAAAAAGAGAAAAUAUGAAGACGAUGGUGGAAGAGAUCAAGACACAUCAUCCUAUACUGCAAUCUAUAUCCGUGCACUUGCAAAGAAUGUUCUCGAAGAGGAUCUUAGAGAAUCAUUUAUUAAAUUUGGAAGCAUUGUAUCUCUUAAACUCAUUGAAAACAAAAACAACUUUCCAAGUUGUGCCAUCAUUCAAUACUCUACCAAUCCAGCGGCAGUCGAAGCCAAAAAAGCAAUGGACGGUUCCGUCUUACAGGGUAAAGAACUUAAAAUAAGUUGGGCAAAAAAUCAAAUUCCCAAAGCAUUAUUGACUCCAGAUAAUAGUAUUCUAAAGGUACAAAUUAAAAACCCUGAAGAACCACUUAAAAGUAUAAUAGAUAAAUUGGCACGUUAUGUUUCAACUGAAGGAUAUCCAUUUGAACAGGCAAUCACAGAGAAUGAAAAGGAUAAUCCAAUCUAUCAAUUUUUAUUUAAUCCAAAUAGUGAUGAAUACCAAUACUAUACUUGGAGAACCAUAUCAUUUGCCAUCAAUGAUAUAUCCAAACCUAUUCAAGUUGUCAAAGAUGGAUUCCUCUAUAUUCCUCCACUUGACCCCAACACCCCCAUUCUUGAUAUCAGCACUACCGAUAUUAUCAUUCCAAAUGAACCAAGUACAGUUGUACAUGUGGCGGAUAAAGUGGAUCGUAAUAGCAAAGACCAGGAUAUCUCUAUUAAUAGAGACCAUCACAAUAGUAGAGAUCGUGAUAUGGUCAAGGAUCGUGACAUUGUUGACCAUCAUCACAAUAGUAGAGAUCGUGACCGUGAAAUGGUUAGAGACCGUGGAAUGGCCGAUCAUCAUCACAACAGCAGAGAUCGUGAAAUGCCUGACCAUCAUCACAACAGCAGGGAUCGUGACCGUGGUAUGCCUGACCGUGGAAUGGCCGACCAUCAUCACAACAGCAGAGACCGCGAAAUGGAAAAUAGAGGUGGUGACAUGCCAAGAGGAGGAGGAGGAGGAGGAGAUCGUGGAAUGGCAGACCAUCAUCACAGCAGAGACCGUGGAAUGGCAGACCACCAACACAGCUCCAGAGAUCGUGAUAUAGGAAGAGGUGGCGACAUGCCAAGAGGAGGAGGAGAUCGUGAUAUGGAUCACCCAAGAGACCGUGAAAUGGGAAGAGGAGGAGAUCGCGAUAUGGGAAGAGGAGGAGAUCGUGAUAUGGCAAGAGAUCGCGAUAUGGGACGAGGAGGCGACCGUGACCGUGACCGUGACUUUGAUCAUAAUAGAGGAGACCGUGAUAUGGGAAGAGGAGAUCGUGAUAUGGGAAGAGGAGGAGAUCGCGACAACAGAGACCGAGACAUGGGAAGAGAUUAUAAUCAUAAUCGUGACAGAGGACAUGAAAGAGAUAGAGAUCAUAUGGAUAGAAGAGAUAACAACAAUAACAACAACAAAGAAAGAAUAUACGAUCCACGUGGUAAAGAAAGAGAAGCAAGAUAUCACAAGAUCAAGGAAAUGCCAUAUGCAGAGAGAGAACAACUUAUGGAUAUGUUAGAGUACCUCAAUACAUCACGAGAAAGAAUCAUGGAAGUGAUGGGAUUCUCAAUCGAUAACGCAGAGUAUAGUGGAGAAGUUGUCGAUAUUAUCAUUGAUGCUGGUUUGCGAGCCAUCAAUGCCAAAUCAAAAGUACCAAAACUAUAUUUAAUCUCUGAUAUCCUUUGUAAUUGUACAGUUUCCGUUCAAAAUGUUUCUUCAUAUCGUUCAUUAUUUGAAAACAAAUUACCUUUAUUAUUCAGUAAUUUAAGUGAUACCUAUAAAAAUAUAACUGGAAGAGUUUCAGCUUUAAGUUUUAAGGAUCAAAUCAUUAAAGUAUUAUCAUAUUGGGAACAUAUAUCAUUAUACCCAAAGAAUUUUGUAUUAGGAUUAAAGUUUACAUUUUUAUUUAAUAAUAAUAAUAAUAAUAAUAAGCCAUUGGAUACUCAACAACCACCACCAACUGCAGCUACAGCAGAUUCAACGGCAACAACCACCACCAACAAUAAUGAAAUGGAAGAUGAUGAUAUUGAUGGUGUUCCAAUUUCCAAUGAUCCAAUUCCACCACCAAAACCAAAAAGUGUAUUACAAUCAAAAAGCACCGAGGAAUUAGAAAAACUAUGUAAAUUAAAUGGAUUAAUUAGAAAGGGCACCAACGAAGAGAUGGAAGCACGACUCAAACUCUACAAUGAAUUUACAGAGGAAGAAAAGAAAAAAGAAAUGCCCGUCGUCAUGCAAGACACUGAGAUGGCAAAGAUCGAAGAGGAAGUAGCCGAAUACAAGAAACGACAACUACUCUCCAAAAAUGUGGAUCUCUCACAACUGGAAAAGACACUCGAACAAUACCGUGAAUCUCUCAUUGCCAACUAUAAAUCAUCCAACGCACAAAAUAGCAAAAGAGAUUCAGACUUGCAUAAUUUUGAUCCAUCUGCUAUUAAAAGACAAAGAAAAUAA